AUGACGGAACACACCGAUAUCGAGUUGGUCAAGACCACUAAAUACAAUCAAGCAGGAAAGCCGGAGAUGGAGAUUAAAGAGGGAGAGGUGAUUCUACAGGAUGGCGAGAUCCCCGACUUUCAGUAUCAGCUCGCCCCUGAAGAAGAUGCUCGCAUCCGGCGAAGGAUUGAUCUCUGUCUUAUCCCCAUUAUGACCGUCACGUACUGCCUCCAAUUUAUUGACAAAAACACAUUGGUGGAUGCUGCUGUUCUCGGCAUGACCCAGGACAUACACGCUACAGGUAAUGAAUAUUCGUGGGCAGGUAGCAUCUUCUACAUCGGGUAUCUUGUUGCUUGUUACCCACUUGCUUUCCUCAUGGUAAAACUUCCCCUCGGAAAAGUCCUCGCGGCCACAAUGGUCUGCUGGGCUGUAGUACUCCUUUGCACAGCUGCACUUCAGAACGCCGCGGGCCUUCUUGCCGUGAGAUUCUUCCUCGGCGCCACGGAGUCGGCUAUCUCACCGGGCUUCAACAUGGUAACAGCUAUGUGGUACAAACGCAGUGAGCAAACCUCCCGCAUUGGCGUGUGGUUCCUAGGCAACUCGAUCGGCGGGUUUGUCGGCAGCUUAAUUUUCUACGGCAUGGGCCAUCUGAAGUCCUUCUCCUCAUGGAGGGCGGGUUUUCUUGUUGUCGGGAGCAUCAACCUGGUCUGGGGGUUAUCGAUGAUAUACAUUUUCCCUGAUACGCCGAUGACAUCCCGGUUUUUGAACAAGCAGGACAGAAACAAGGCAGUCAGUCGUGUUCAAGAGAACAAGACCGGCAUAAAGAACAACAACUUUAAGAUUGACCAGGCUCUUAUUAGCUUAAAGGACCCUUUAUGUUUGUUGAUCUUUCUGCUUCAAGUCACCGCCGCUAUCCCUAAUGGGGGCAUCACUAAUGCAAGUCGAACAUCUCCUGAGAUCAAUUCAUUCAGCAGCCUGAUUAUCAAGGGAAUCGGGUUUGGGACGCUCCAAACCAUUCUGUUGAAGAUGGCCACUUACGGGUUCCAGGUGAUUUUCAUUGGAAUGGGUAUCGUCGGCUGUCAGUAUAUGAAAAAUGCCAGAAUCCUGUGGAUGUGCAUUUUCAACUUGAUCUGCAUAGCGGGUGCGUUCAUGGUUCGUUUUCUGCCCAUAGAGAAGCUCUGGCCACGGUUCUUUGGAGUUUGUCUUAUGAUGUCCUUUGCGGCUGGUGUUCCCAUGAAGAUGUCUUUGGUUUCGUCAAACGUGGGCGGCUUCACCAGGAAAGCUACAGUAAACGCGGUCGCGUUUAUCGGAUACUGUGUUGGCAAUAUGAUAGGACCACAGAUGUUUAUUGCGCAAGAGGCGCCUACAUAUCCCUCUGGGUUUGUUGGAAUGAUAGGCUGUUGGGCAGCUGUGUUUUUGGAAGCGCUCGUCUUGCUAUUUUAUCUGAAACGAGAAAAUCGAAGACGCGAUAAGUUGCAAGCCCAG